AUGGCACCGGCAGCAUUGGCCGCCAGCGAUGAAUCCUGUAUGAUGCGCAGGCUGAUGAAAGGCACCGACAGGAGACGUCACGUCGUAUCAAGCAAGAUGAAUGCCAUUUGGAGCGUGGCACUCGUUGCAAUUACAGCUCUCUGCGCACUUUCCCAGUCAGUGGAGGCUGCCAAUGGUCAGCUGUCGUCGGAGUGCCCCGUCCAUGGGGCUGUGCUGGGCGCCAAUCUGUCUGCCGUGGUUACUGCGUGCAACAUCUACUACCCCUUCAAGUCUGACUCCCAAAAGGGGUGCUGUCCCAAGGUCCUAACCUUCCUGCAGAACCAGCUGUACGAUGCAAACAACCUGGAGAUUGUGACCUCCGACAGCAACGCCUGCGGAGCAUGCCUUAACGACGUGGCAGCGCGCCUUUCGUCCUCCCAGGCUAUCGACGUAUACUCGGUGUGCCAGAACGUGCCAUACGCAGUGUGCGACCCAUCGGUGAUCGGCGGCGGGGGCGGCCAGGGCGGCAGCGUGGGGGACGGCCCCGUCGUGCCGGCGAUUGUGCCGGUGACGGCCAACCGGACCUGUCCCGUCACUAGCUACGCGGAGCUGUACCUGGCCGUGCCGGACAUUGCAGCCAACCUGCUCGUGACGUGUGGCCUCGCGUCUUUCACCACGAACCAGAUUUGCGUGAGCCCGUGCAUGACGUACGUGAGCCUGGCCAUCACGGCAAUGGCGGCCGCGGGCGCGUCGGGGACGUACGUCAGCGAGUACGUCAGCGACUGCCAAAACACCGUGGCCAGCAUCCUGGUGGCGAACGGCAUCACCAUUUCCGCAGUCACCAAAAUCCAGCAGUGCCCGCUGUACACCCCGUGGCGCGUCCCUCCGUACGUUCGCCCGUACUACCUGGGCCAGCAGUCGUGCAACCUGACCGCCCCCGCGGACCUCAAGCUGUACUUGGACGCCGCCGGCGUGUGGACCAACUGCGCGGCGUCGGACCCCACCUUCGCGGGCUCCCCGCACUGCCCCAUCUGCGCCGCGGCCAUCUACCGGGCGGCCAUCAUGAUUCCCCCGGUGAACGUGAGCACGCAGGAGGCGGUGGGUGGCUGCUUCAUGGCGGUCCUCCAGGCAUUUGCCACGCAGGCCGUGCCGCAGCUGGUGGCCGCCGUGCAGAACUGCAUGAACAACCCGCUCCCCGCGUCUUCGCUGUGCCCGAUCAACGGCUUCUCUGGUAUCACCGACAUCACUUUCCUCCAGAACCUCGACCUGGCCUGCAGCCCCCAGGCGCUGCAGCAGCCCGGGGGGUGCGCCACGUGUCGCGCAUCCGUCAUGCCCGCGGUGCUGAACGUCCCCGGGAUCCAAGUCUGGAGCGACCAGAUGCUGGCCAACUGCGCUCAGGUGGUUGGCGGCGGGUAUGCGCUGUGGCGGGGCGACAACACCACCACGGCCGGCAUCGCAGUUACCGAGUGCUUCGAACAGGGGAUCCCUUACGCCCCAACUUUAUGCGCGCUCAAUUCUACGGCCACGUGCGGAGAGUAUGCGGCGCCCCCGCCGGCCCCCCCCUCCCCCCCGGUCAGCCGCCCACUCCCCUCCCCGAGCCCUUCGCCCAAACCGUGCCCCCCUCCAGCGGCUGUGCCGCCGCCCCCCCCUCCCCCGGAUUGUGGUCGCCACCCCCCCACCAGGAUCCGCCGCCAGCAGAGGCGCGUCCUUCGGCAUGGCUGCAGUCGUCCUCGCCUGCGCGUUGUGUACGUCACUAACCUCGAGUUGACGAGCGGCGUUUUGAGCAACAAUCUGAGUCCUACAUGA